UCCUUUUUUCUGUCUUGCAGGUAACAGGAAGGAAUUGAUAGCCCAGAACCGAGGAGCGGGUGCCAGCAGCGAUGGCAUCUCUGCCUGUAGAUUCCAUCUCCCUUGGAUGUUGCAGCAGGGCUAGCAAAGGAGGUGGUGGGUGAGCAGGUAAAUCCACAGCUCAGUUUCCAAGAGACAAGACUCUGCUCUGGGCUUCCACCCCUGGUGUCCCUCUGGUUUGAGGUGAGUAUUCCCCAUCCCACCUCCCUUUCCUCCUUCUCUCCUGCCUCACCUAAGUCAUUGCAAUUCCUCCAGUCCCAGAGAGCACAGAGCCAGCCUCUGUGGGUCAGCAGAGGGCACUCUUGCUCCAGUCAUUCCCAGAGCUCUGCCUAGCAAAGCAUCCUCUGGUCCCUUUCUGAAUCCAGAGGUGCUGGGCUUUUCUCUGUGAGGACAGCAGCAGACUGUUCAGAGCAAGCUGGGAGGUUCCAGGGCUAUAUAAAGUGGAAGGAAAAUAUAGAAGCUCACCAGGCUACAGCCUGAUCUUGGGAAGCUGGCCAGACUACACAGCUGCCCAGUGCUGUGUGACAGCAGGGACACAGUUGUGGAGCAGUGGGAGAGAAGCACGACCUCCCCAUCGUUUACAUGGGAGGUCAGGCUGUGUGAUCCCUGAGCAUCCGUGUCAAGAAACAUGGGAACAAAGCAUGGAAAAGCCCUUUUGGCAAAAAAAAAGCAAAAAAAAGUGGCUCUGUUCUAUUUCUGCUGCAACAAUCCCUGAAUCCUCCCUACUGUGAAUGAAACUCAUCUUGGUCCAGGACUUUUGGAGUGUGCGUGAGAUGCCCAGGCUGUGCGCUGGUUCCACUGUUGAAUCUCAUCUUGCCUGAGAAAUAAAUGGGUGCCUAAUUGUCCGCACCUUUGCAGGAACAUAAUAGUCUCUCAUGCUAAUAGCUCAUGGUGAUGUUAUGUUAACAUGGGGGUCACUUUGAAAUAUACCCUUGGAUAAUGAUGAUAAACAAUGUUACUGCCCCCAGAGACAUCAGCCUGGGAUUUGGCCCAUGUAUUAUGUUUAUUAUGUGGGCAGUGUAACAUGGAAGUGUCCUUAACUCUGUAUCCUGCAGGACAGGGCAGAGGAUCCAGCAGGUAGGACACUGGUAUGGGCUGCGGGAGCCUCUGAUUCCGUCCCUGCUCUGUUACUAUUACUAACAUCCUGUGUGACAUGGGGCAAAUCACUUAGCUACUCUACAUCUCAGCUCCUUAUAUGUGCAGUGUGGGUAGUAGGACUUCCUGAUUUCUGUGGACCCUGCAAAUAUAUACACAUCAAAGUUUAUGAGGCUCUUGACUGUGCAGGUGGUGGGGUGUGUUUGAUCAGAACACUUCACCAGAUUAUGGACUUUCUUUCGUGUUAAAAAUAUAUCUUGUUGCUGGGUUUUUGCUCUCUGUCAGUAUUGCCAAAAGACAAACCUGUCGGGCACUCAGAUAAAUCAGUUCCCUUAAUUCUGUUCUAUUCCUGUCCUUGAGAGCUGCCUCUCACCAGAGCACAUCUCCAAAAGCCACCUCUGUUUCAGACCGGGCAGUAUCAGGAAGGGCCCAAAAGAAGCAUUAGGCGUUCAGCCAUUGGUUUUUAGGAGGAGCCAUUUUCAAGAUGCUGCCAGAAGAUCCUUUGGUUUUCUGUAAGAUGUUGGGGGAAACUGCAAGGUGGGAGGCAAAAGGGAGAUGGUUCUACAUAAGCCUUGGCACCAUCAAUAAUUUUGAGAAACCUCAAGACUGCUCUAUUUAUGCCUGCUAUAGCUUAGUGGAGGAGAGUGGGCCCCUCACCAGUCCCUAGGUUGUAGAGUUUGGGAAUCAGGUUACAUUUAAGAUGGCUGCAUUAGCUAUCUGGAGAAUGGCAGCUGGUUUCUUUGUGCCACUGGGCGACAAUGAGGGUUAGAACCUUGUCCUUAAUUGUAAGAGAGAGGUUUUCCUGUUCUUUGUUCUUGAGCUACAGUGUGGCAUGGUUUGAAUCUGCUAUACAACAGACUGGGAUGGCAACCUUAGCUACAGACAGGCAGCCUGUAUAAAAACAGCAGAAAAUAUUUAGAGAGCCAAAAUGGGGUUUUUUUUCCUUGCAAACCAAAGCAAGAUCCCUACCUGCUAACAGUAUACCAGAGCAUCCCAUGUAUCACACAUUGUGCCCAGUCCUUCUUCCAGACAGCUCGAUAACAAAGCAUUUUUCAUUGGCACCCUGUAGGACCAGGGGCAUCAUUUUCGCUGAAUCCAUGGAAGCUGGCUUGGCUCUAGCAGGGUCCCUAAUGGCAAUGGUUUAUAUCAUAGGAGGUCUUGACAGAGUGGUAGACCGUGCUCCAAGGAGUGUGUAAGCUUGCCAGACCCAGGUAGGAUAGGAAGAAAUUUGCCCAAGGUCACAACAGUAAUCAGUGGCAGAGCUGGGAGUAAAAGCCAGGCCUCCUGAGCCAUGCUCCUGUGCCCUGCCAGCCGUGCCACGCAGCAAAUUGCUAAUAACUUUGUUUAAUUACAACCUAUUUCCUCCCAGUCCUGCUGGCACAUUAAUUUUCAAGGAGAUUAAGUUUAAAGAGGCAGAAGCUGUCUGGCAGUGAGCGCAGGGAGGGGAAAGGCAGAAAGAACAGGAGAGGAAGCCUGGCUUCCAAUCAGGAGUUGCCGCUUUAAUGCCCUGUCGCUCUGUAGCAGUUUAAGGGAUUAGGCGCAAACUUUGCAAAAAGACACCCCCGCCGUCCCCCACACCCCAUCACCCCCUUCCCCUCUGGUGCAGGAGGCAGCUCUCAGGCUAUGCUGAUUCACUAAGCUAAAGUAAUAGCAGGGCUAGGAGAAGAGCUGCACAGUGAGCCCCCUGCCCAGCCACCCUCUGGGCUGUGGGAGAAGGGCUGUGCCUACCACCUCAGCAGGGCCAGGGGCUGGCACUGAAGUGGGAUGGGUGGAAGGCACUGAAAAGCUGCUGCGGUGUUUGUCGUCUCCCUCCCCCAUCCAUUGUCUCCUCCCUUCUCUCCCCUCUUCUGGUGCCUGCUGAGGGGAUGGGACAGAGCAUUGGGCUGCCUGACAUCACACAUCAAGGAUGGGGAAAAGCAAAUGCAACCCCCACCCUCCCUGCAGCUUAUUUAUAAAGCAGAAGAGGCUGAGUCUUCCCCACAGCAAGGCAAGGAGGGAGCAACGCAGCUUCGAGCUGGAGAAGACUCAACUUUCCCUGAGAGGAAGCAGAGGGGUGGGUGGGAGGGGGAAGAGAGAGACUUAGGAAACUUCUUGGGCUGUUGUGAGCCGUUGCCUCUGAACAGAAGCACCUGGGGAGCAUAGAGAGCGAAAGAGAGACAGAGAGAAAGCAACAGCCAAUGCUGCAGGCUGCAGCCGUGGAGGGAAGGAAGCUGUGCUGAGAACCAACUGAGAGCGGAGAGACAGCCCCUAUCUUGCUCCUGCAACACACAGCAUGGGGAGCAGGGCACGGGCAGAGCUGCAGACUCCCUGGAGCUCCCUGGUGGAUUCCUUUCUGACCUAUCACUCCUGCCCUGGAUUGGGCAUCCAUGGAGGCUUCUAAUCUCUUGGACCUGAGGCUACAACGAAGCCGUGAGAGCACGGACGCUUGGCUCCCGGUCUGCGCUUCUCUGAGAUUUACUCCCUUCUUCUGCAGAAGACCACCUCAUCUUCUUUCCCUUCCACCCGGCAGGAGAAAGCCAUGGACAGCCCUGAAGGGUACUCUGUCCAAGCCACUGCAGCCAUUGCAGCCAUCAUCACCUUCCUCAUCCUCUUUACCAUCUUUGGCAACAUCCUGGUGAUCAUUGCUGUGCUCACCAGCCGGUCCCUCCGAGCCCCACAGAAUCUCUUCCUGGUGUCCCUGGCAGCUGCAGACAUUCUGGUGGCUACCCUCAUCAUCCCUUUCUCCCUGGCCAAUGAGCUGAUGGGCUACUGGUACUUCAAGAAAACCUGGUGUGAGAUUUACCUGGCCUUGGAUGUCCUUUUCUGCACCUCCUCCAUCGUGCACCUCUGUGCCAUCAGUCUGGACCGCUACUGGUCUGUCAGCCAGGCCAUCGAGUACAACUCUAAGAGGACCCCCAAGAGGAUCAAGUGCAUCAUCCUCAUUGUGUGGAUGAUCGCGGCCUUCAUCUCCCUGCCGCCCCUGAUCUACAAGGGGAACAAGAAGGACAGUCCGCCUGGCAGACCGCAGUGCAAGCUCAAUGAGGAGGCAUGGUACAUCCUUUCCUCCAGCAUUGGCUCCUUUUUUGCUCCCUGCAUUAUCAUGAUCUUGGUGUAUCUGCGGAUCUACCUGAUUGCCAAGCGCAGGAACAAGAAGCCCACAAGCAAGAAGAAGGAGUCAUCUAAGAAAAUGACUGGCCCCACCUUGGAGACUUCAAUCCAGGAGAAACUCUCCAAGCAGCUGGACACAGAGGAGCUCAAUGGACAUCAGGUGGCCAUCAAGGAGGGUGAUCAGGUGGGGACCCCUCCUCCUCCUGCAGACAGGACAUCUCUUCUGAGAUUGCAAGAGGAGCAGCAGCAGUCACCACUGCCAGCCAUUAUCAGCCCAGGUCCUAGCCAGUCCCAACCGGAGAAGAAGGAGUCUUCUGGCUCCAGCCCGCUGGAGCAGUCCCCUCAUUGCAGCCACAAGCAGCGCAAUGGGCACCCGCAAAGCUCUCCAAAGGGCAUGGACACCCUGGCCACUGCCAAGGGGGAGGUGCUGCUGGUGAGGAGGGUGAAGACCCUGAGUGCCAACCCUGGGAAGAGGAAGACCCACCUCAACCGGGAGAAGAGGUUCACUUUUGUCCUGGCAGUGGUGAUUGGGGUUUUUGUCCUCUGCUGGUUCCCCUUCUUCUUCCUCUACAGCCUGGGGGCCAUCUGCCCAGAACUCUGCAAAGUCCCCAACAGCGUGUUCCAGUUCUUUUUCUGGAUUGGCUACUGCAACAGCUCCCUAAACCCUGUGAUCUAUACCAUCUUCAACCAGGACUUUCGCAAGGCUUUCAGGAAGAUCCUCUGCAGGCAGUGGACUCAGACUGCCUGGUGAGACAAAAGUGGGGAGGUGGGAGACUGUAGGUAGUGGGGAGAGGGGUGGCUAGAGAGAGGAAGGAGGAACUGCAUCCCUUCCACCGACUGUGUUAAAAAUCCUUCUAUUUAUUCAUUGGCUGAUGUGUUUGGGCAGGGGACUCAAGAGUGCAUUUUAAAGACUUGUUUUUUGGAUCAGCCUUUGUUUUUUUUGAGCUGUCUCUCUGUUGUUUCCUGCAAAGGGUUGAAAAACCAGAAGCUAGGGCUGUUUUGCCAACAUGUUUUAUACUGAGUAGGGGAACCCUGAACAUGUGAAUGAUGCACAGGGUGGGACAAAGUAGUCCCUGCUCACAAAGUCUGCAGGUGGGAGUGAAUGAACAGCCUUUUGGGUAACAAAACUUGGAGUCUCAGCCAGUGCUGGGAUGCAGAUCUUUCCCCUUUGUCUUGUGGAUGAGAAGUUGGAUGACAGUAUGUGUGUGGAUGUCAGGGGGGAAAAAGUCUGUCAAGCCUCCCUCCUCUUUCCUGCUCCCUCCUCCUUGCUUAGGCAGGCAAUGGCCAACUCAGUACCAGGAACAGCUGCCCUGUGCCCUUUUGUGCCAGCAGAACCCAUGAUCCCUGAUGCAUUUGCACAGCCCUCAAGUGCCAAUGAAGAGCCACUGCAGCGAGGGCUUGAAUCUGCAGGGCUCUGUUUCAGCAGGGUCAGGCAACCAAAUCACAGCUGGCCUGGCAGGGUGGGGAAGGGAGGAGUUCUGAACCUGUUCCAGGCUGGGACCCACACGCCCCCUGUCCCAUGUAUCUGAGACCCACCUCAAGUUUGAGAUCUGUCCCUUCUACCUUACCGAGAGUCAGCGAAAUCCCCCUCCCUGGUCUAGCUGAGAUAUCCAAGACUUCCCCUUUCAUCCAGCUGGGAUCCAGCUUGCAGGGGUCUGCCCCAACUAUUGCUUUCCUGCUUAACAGCUGAGUAAGCGUGAGCCUCUGUCACCAUACCUUGAUCCCCAGAUAAAGAACCAGUGCCAAAUCCCACUGGCAGGAGCCCUUGUGUGGACAACUCUCCCACAGCUGCCUCCCACAUGGCAGUCUGUUGAGUGUGGGCUUACAAAGGUCAGUGGCUAUAGGAGUGGUGUCUACAUUAGCGCCCCCACUAUUGCCCUCAAUAGACCCACUCUGGGGUUAGCAGUAAUGAAGUCUGGGGUGGGCUCAGUGGGGUGCACACAGUAGGGGCUGUCACACUGGAUGGGACCGAGAGGAGAGAAUUUUCCUCUCUUUGAUUCCUUUUUUUCUUAUAAAGGGAAGACUCUUCCUUCCUUCCUUCCUUCUCUAUCAUUUUCUUUAUUUUCUACACACGCUAUGCUCCUUCCCUCUUCUGCAUGUACCCCAGUCCUCCUCACCUCUCUGCAGAACCCAGCACAAAAUUUGUGCUCAGAUUUUUCUGUGAAACUGGAAGUCAGUAGGGUCAGUCCUGCUCCCUGCCCCCACCUCCCUUGUAUUUCAUGGCCUUAUGGGCGCUCCAGGACUUGGUCAUGAUUUUGCUCCACAGCCUCUGACACUUCACCUCUGGGGUCAGCAUCUCCUCUAGUGGUUUGUCUUGCCGCUGUUCAUAUGCUUCCCUCAGGCUGAACCAAAUGCUCCCUCCAAAUUAGGUUCUGUUCACGAGGCGGAAAGCAGGCAUUAAAUCAAAACACCUUUAGUAUGAAUGCAGGUGGCGGAAAAAAAGCAGAUAGUUAAUCAGGGAAGUGUGAGUUGCUUUGAUAUUGUGUUUCUGUGUUUGAAUCACUGUAAAAAAUGACAUUAUAGUUUAAUUUUGCACAUCAGCAUUGGAGCUGGGAGGAGGAGGGAGACUGCUGUUUUUACACUUCUUGGUUAUUGUGGGGUCUUUUGUGUAAUCAUCCCCCGUAGAGCUAUGUUUAAUAAGAGGAGAUCAAUACCCGUGGCGUGGGUGUGAGCUGUGUCUCACCCAAACAUACCUGCUCUGAUGGGAUCCAGAACCUAGAAGAGUUGCCCUUGGCAUGCAACAUUGGGGGUUUUUUGUUGUUUUUUUAUUUUAUUUAAGUAAUCCUAUCUCACUGUAAGCCCUUUACAAUGCCAUGUGCCAUGAUCCUCACUUUGCAGGUGGUCAAACUGAUUCUCAGAAUAGAGCAGGGAUAUACUAGGGGUCAGGAAGCAGGGAAAAGAAACUAGGCAUCCUGAUUCUCCAUCCUGGUCCUGUGGACUACACCAGCUUCAGCUGGCUAUUGAAAUCGCAAUUAGAUGGUGAAUUUUUAAGCACUUUGAUACCGUCCGUGGCCUCCGCAUUGAAAUUCAGUCAAUCCUUUUGGCACGCAACAGAGAAAUGAAGUGUCCUGUGAAUAGGUUUUGCCCCCAUGCUGGUGGGAAAAUAGACCUGGGGGAGCGGAGGAAAACUGAUUGCUUGCUGACCCUAAAAACGUCAAAGGGGACUGUGGGGUGGGCUGGCUGUCCCUAAACCUGUUGUAUAAGCGGGCGUAUGCAUCCAACUGGCCUGGUGUCUCUGAUCAUCCAUUCCCAUGGAGCAAGGGAAUGGCAUACAAUGGGGCCAGGGGUUGGGUGCCUCUUUGGACCAUGCGUGAGUCUUGCUGCCUCAUGGCCCCAUUUCCUAACGGAAGGAACUGUGUUUUUCCCCAUGUCCGGUGUAUGGAGUGAUGUUUAUGAAGAGUCUGAGCUAUUUUGACAAUAAAAGAUAUUUUGUAAUAA